AGAAGGAGGAGGAGGAAAAGCAAUUUGGGGCUCCUCUUUUGUCCGCGCUUAUUUAGAGCCCUGGAACGGGAGAGAAACAGCACAUGGACCUAAUCUGAACGUUUUAACGAGGACUGAACAUUUGGUUGGAAGUUGAAGGGGAAAUGUGGUAAUCCUUUACACACUAGGCGAGCAAAAACCAAGGAAAAGCGAGUGGAGGUCGGUCUUUAACGUACUGACGACCAGAGUGCUGUAGCAGAGGCAACAUGAGUUGGAGUUUCCUGACGCGUCUUCUGGAGGAGAUCUCCAACCACUCGACGUUUGUGGGCAAGCUAUGGCUUACGCUGCUUAUUGUGUUUCGGCUCGUACUGACUGUGGUGGGUGGCGAGUCAAUAUACUAUGAUGAACAGAGCAAGUUUGUAUGCAAUACGCAUCAACCUGGUUGUGAAAAUGUGUGCUACGAUGCGUUCGCACCACUCUCGCACGUAAGGUUCUGGGUUUUCCAAAUCAUCAUGAUCACCACACCCACCAUUAUGUACCUUGGCUUUGCCAUGCACAAAAUUGCACGCAUGGAGGAUAACGAUUACGAGUCAUGUAGUGGGCGUAAACGCAUGCCUCUGGUGAACCGGAGCGCCAACCGUGACUACGAGGAAGCUGAGGACAAUGGCGAGGAGGACCCCAUGAUCUCUGAGGAGAUUGAGCCGGAAAAGGAAAAGGAAAAAGAAAAGGAGAAAGAAACGAGGAAGAAACACGACGGACGGAGACGGAUCAAGCGUGACGGUCUGAUGAAGGUGUAUGUGAUGCAACUUCUCUCACGUGUGGUUUUCGAGGUGGCCUUCCUGUUCGGCCAGUAUUUUCUGUACGGCGUUGAGGUGGCGCCAUCAUACGUGUGCACGCGCAGCCCAUGCCCACACACUGUGGAUUGCUUCGUGUCGCGCCCCACCGAGAAGACCAUUUUCCUGCUCAUCAUGUAUGCUGUGAGCGCCCUCUGCCUGCUGCUCACCGUGCUUGAGAUCUUGCACCUUGGUUUCAGUGGCAUCCGUGACGCAUUCCACAGCCGUGCACGGCGCCAACAUCAUCAUCAACUAGCUUUGACCAACCAGAGGUCCUUGGUCUGCCAAAGUCACAUGCCCUCAGCACCCCCUGGCUACCACACAGCUCUGAAGAAGGAUUCUGGCAAGGCGGGCGCAAGACGUGAAUACAACCUUGGUGACUUAGGCCAUGAGUCUCUGGGCAAUGAGGCGUCCUCACGGGAGCUGGACCGCCUGCGGCGGCACCUGAAACUAGCCCAGCAGCACCUGGACCUGGCAUACCAGACUGAGGAGGGUAGCCUGGUGCGAAGCAGCAGCCCCGAGUCCAACAGCACAGCCGCCGAGCAGAACCGCCUCAACUUUGAGAAACAAGAGAAGCAAGCCAGUUCCUGUGAGAAAGGGAUCAGAGCUUGAGUCCUAAGCCAACAAUCUGCAUUUUUCCUUACCGAAACAUCAUGGAGGAAGGAACACUAUGAAGAUGGACAUCUUGAGAUUUUGUGUGUGUGUGUGUGUGUGUGUGUGGGAUUUUUCGUAAGGCAAUACGACACUGAGCACGCCGGUGAACAGUAAGAGCACCCUGUGCAGUAUUAUGGCAGGAUGGGGUGUCGGCUUCUGAACACAUCUCAGCAGCCUGUGAUACUUGAGGAGCGGUCUGCCUGACAUUCCAAAGUACCCAAGGGCAAAUAAAACCAUUUCUUUGUGUAGCUGAGCAGAUUUUUUGUGUCUCUGUCAUAGGAAAAGAUCUUCUGUAUGUUUAAUGUGCUUCUUAAGAAGUGUCAAGGGUUGCAUCUCAAAAAUGCCUUAAGUUUUUAAACUGGAGUUUACAUAUUUCGUUGUCAUUCCAAAAAGCAAAGGAUGAGCCAGUGUUAAAUCACACUAUAAUUUUUUGGAUAGUUUAGGUACAUGUGUAGAAUAAAAAUAGGUUUUGUGUUUAAGUAGUGAUCUGUAAUUUAGUAAUUGCAUGUAUAUGUGAAUUGGUGUCAAAGGGCUUGUUACUGUCAAAGGUAGACUUUUUGUUACUCUUAAUUUUGUUCGUUUAGAUUUGUAGAGUUGUGGGGAAGGUUGAUUCUUCCUCUAGGACAUACUGUAGGAUAUAACCAAGGACCUGUGCAUAAAGUUCCCAAAAACGCUGUUCUGGUCUUGUAUCAGGUUUAUAGACUCAACUUGAUUCAUCAUUAAGGAAAAUUCUAGUUAGGCAUGUAUAGUACCUGUCAAAGGUUUUGACCCACCCAGUCCAGAAAGCAUUUUUUUUUUUUUUUUUUUUUUUUUUUUGGAAUAGUGAAUACACCAAAACUGCUGGCUACCUCAUAUGGGUGGGGGGGAAAGGCAAUGAACAAACCUUGUAUAGAACUUUUGAUAUUUAUUCAAAGUAGUCUUGAUAACAGCUUUGCUUAGCAGCUUCAUUAUAUAGCCACCUGUGCUGCUUUCCCAACUUAACCAUAUGAUGAGCACAUGCUUUCUGCCUUUUCUAAGCGUUAAAUAAAACAAAAUGUAGAAGGGGGGGGAAAAACAUGCAGGAGCCAAUUAAAAUUCAUUUAAAGAUUCAUGCAUGGGCAACAACAUAAUUACUUAUAUUUUCUUAAAAACACGUUUAAACCAGAAGCUUUAUUAGCAUGAGAAAUGGGUGUGUCCAAGCUUUUGACCGGUAAUAAGGUGCAUCUGGGAGAAAUUUAGACUCCGUUAACCUGCAGAAUCCAAGCGGUCUUAAUCAGUAGGUAAUAACACUGAAGUAAGACAAGCACUCUUUGCCAUGUUUUGUGUUAGGCAUCCAAGUGGCCUCAGUUUCCACUGCUUUAAAUUUGUACAUCUGUUUUAGUUGUAUUUUAUAAACGUGAUGUUGCACAACAAACCCAGUCACAAACUUGUUUGAUGGUUUGUGUAUACUGGGCUCCACAUUCCAAAUUAACUUGAUCUGUAGCCUGUACUUUGACAGUAAUUCAUCUUGGGACACAGUGCCAUCAGCGAUGUGGGUUUGUACAUUUGAGUAAAUGCAGCUCUGUUGCUUGUAAUAAACUGGAAACUAGUGAUCGCCAUGCUGAAGUUCAGUCUCGGCGUUAGUUUCAGCUUUUGCUGUUCUGGAACAUUUUAAAGCCACUUUUUAGUGCCUUUUGUCUGAAUAAUCAAAACAAUGAAAACCUGGAAAAUGCUUGAAUACUUGAACCAUAUUUGUUGACCUGCAAGGAAGCUUUUGAUAGUUCGGUUUUCCACCUCGUGUGUGUGAUGUGUAUAUGAGGAUUUUGUUGAAUGCCUCUUUCUGUGGAUGAAGAUGGCAAGGCUUCUCCGUGCCAUACAAAAAGUUCCGUUGUGUAUUUUUGUAUGGUGUUUUAUGUUUUGUUUUUUUGUUUUUUUUAAAAUAAUGAAUCUUUCGCUUAUUUCUUUUCACAAUGUCUUUUUUGGGCCUGGUAUGGAUCUCUUUGAGUCUUGUGCAUUUGGUUUAAAAGUGUUUAGUACAUCAUAGUGUUUGGGUUUUUUUCUUUCUUUCUUUUUCGUUAAAUCAGUCAUUUCAUGUGUUUUUAAACAAUCAUUGAUGUUGCUUUAUUAUUUAAAUUGAGUCAAACUGUUCCAAAUGCAUUUACAUGUUUAUAUGCCUGGUUUUCUUAAAGCACAAAGGUUAAUGUCCUUGUGCAAAACUAAGAGUUAAGCUUGGGAAACGAUCCAGUCCUUGGUAAAUGUGCCCUAUUGACUGGUGUUGAUCUAUUCUAGUCUGAAAGAGAUUGGCUUUGGGGAAUAUACUCUAAUCUAAGUAUAUUUCCAUGUUUACAAAUGUCACUUAGAGGGGAUGUCCUGAUUUAUUUUUGUUUUAAACAACAAGCCGCUUGUUCUAUCUGCGCAUUAGUGUUGAGUUUUUGCCGUCAUCUCAAGUGUUUUGGUGGCUUUUUUGUUGUUGUUUUUGUUUUUAUAAACUUUGUACUAUCUUUUUAUACCUUUUUUGUACCAAUAGUAUUUUUGUGCAAGUUAAAUACUGAAUAAAGCUUUGGAAAUAAAAUGCA